GCUGGUCUUGAACUCCUGGCCCGAGGCAAUCCUCCCACCUGGGCCUCUGAAAGUGCUGGGGUUGCAGGUGUGAGCUACCACACCCAGCCUAGCUCUUAUCUCUUACAUGCAUGGAGGAAAUGUUUUCCUUCUGGCUUGCAUCUGACCCUGCUCACUCAGCACAGCCUCAGGUAGUAUCAGAUCUUAGUUUCAGUACUGACUCCCUCCCUUACUGGCUAUGACAACUUGAGGAAGACCAUCCUUUCUGCCUCAGACUCAAGUGUCAAAUAGGAUUUAUGCCACCAGCCCCAGCUGUCUCAUGGGACUCUUGGACUGAUGGAGGUGAAAAUGCUCCAAGCACCUGAAGGUGGCAGAGAGGAAAGCUGACCAGCAUUGGGUCCUGUAAGAACAUCUGGGGAGAGAAUGGUAAAGCCAGGUGCCCUCUGGGCCACACUGGGAAGGGCACAGGGAAGAUCCCGGGACAGCUCUGAAGAAUCUGUUGAUAUCUUUCCUUCUCGUAAUUCCUUUCCACCAGAGGGUAGAGCAAAUACUUGAAACCUGGGAUUCACCCCAGGCCUCCCCUCACCUGGGAAUGCCUUCCAGCUAUGCAGGUGGGUCCUAAUCUCUCAUCUGCCUAAGACUAGCUGUGAAUCUAGACCACACCCCUCAACUUUUCUGAGCCCGUUCUUCAUCUGUAGACUGUGUUCACGCUGCCUCCGUUGUGGGAAAAUUGAGAUGUGCACAAAAGUGUCUAGAGUGAGUAUGGGACAACUAGGGCUGCUGCCCCUUCGCCAUUGCUAUGGGCCCCCACUGAUCUCACAAUUCAGAGCACCCCUACCACCUGUGAGGCAGUCCUGUGUUGGCUGGAAUCAGCCUGUGUUCUAGAAUCUUGUCCCCUCCACUGUCCUCCUGGUUCUAGAAUCCCACUGCUAUUCCAUACCAGGCACUCUAGAACCAGAGACUGCUGCUUUUCCUGGGCAGGGCCUGCUUGCUCCAGCUCUCAAGUCUGACUUGCAUCUACGCUGUGGGCAAGAUGCGGCUGCGAGACCGCAUCGCCACAUUCUUCUUCCCAAAAGGCAUGAUGCUCACCACGGCUGCACUGAUGCUCUUCUUCUUACACCUGGGCAUCUUCAUCAACGACGUGCACAACUUCUGCAUCACCCACCACUACGAACACAUGAGCUUUCACUACACGGUCGUCCUGAUGUUCUCCCAGGUGAUCAGCAUCUGCUGGGCCGCCAUGGGGUCACUCUAUGCUGAGAUGACAGAAAACAAUGCUCAACGGAGCCAUGUUCUUCAACCGCCUGUCCUUGGAGUUUCUGGCCAUCGAGUACCGGGAGGAGAACCACUGAGGCCUGGGGAGUCGGAACAGGGCUGA